GUUUCUGUGACACUGUUUAUAGCGCCGUACAGCCCGCUUAAAGUAACAUUGCUUCUUAUAUCAAUUCUGUGCUACUCAACGGAAAAUAUCUACAAUGGAGCUUGUUUUUUCAUCAUAGUUUUCAUCUAUUUUCCUUACCUUCUACUACGAGUGUCAAUUAGUGCUAACGGGUGUUUUGAAUAAUGUAUAAAAAGUUACCUCGCACCCCAAUUAUGACAGGUGGUACUCAACAUUUGUCGCAGCGUUUUUAGCUUUAGAUUUAGCCAAACUUAAAGAAUAUGCCUCCCAACAAACGACUUCAAAAGAAAGAACUGCAAUUUGAAUGUGAGUGGGGUUCGUGUCAGGAAUCGUUCAGUCAAAUGGAACAUUUCUGCAAGCAUGUGGAUGGUCACUUGAAUGCUGUGAACAUGGCCAAAGAGGACGAAGAAGAACCAGAGGACGAGAGAAACUGUCUUUGGAGAGACUGUGGGUUCUGCUCUGUGGAGGGUCCUGAAGAGUUCCGGCGGCAUCUCUACUUUCACUGUUACCACACCAAGCUGAAGCAGCUGGGUCAGCAGGUGCUCAACGGUCAGCGCAAAAUUGGAACCUGCUCGAUCGGUUACCAGAACCACAACAUCGUUCCUGAAAUCCCUGACAAUUUUGUCUGCCAGUGGGAAGAGUGUGAGCAACCACCUUAUGAGAACCCAGAGUGGUUCUACCGACAUGUGGAGCUGCACAGCUUGUCCAUGGACAUACCAGCCGGAGACUGUGAAUUCCCAGUACGCUGUGGAUGGAAGGAUUGCGAAGCCACUGCUAAAGGACGGUCCAAGUUACGGGAGCAUCUACGCAGCCACACCCAGGAGAAGGUUGUGGCGUGCCCAGGUUGUGGAGGGAUGUAUGCCAGCAACACAAAGUUCUUUGACCAUAUCAUUCGACAGAGCGCCAUGGAAGGUCAAAGGUUUCAGUGCUCCCACUGUUCCAAACGUUUUGCGACAGAGAGACUCCUGAGAGACCACAUGCGGACGCAUGUGAGCCACUACAAGUGUCCGUUGUGUGACAUGACUUGUCCAUCACCUUCAGCGCUUCGCAACCAUAUCAAAUUCCGGCACAGUAACGAGAAGCCAUACAGUUGUGAAUACUGCGAAUACAGCUGUAAGAAUCUGGUGGAUCUGCGUAAACACUUGGACAGCCAUAGCAGCGAGCCUGGUUACCACUGUGACGUCGCUGGCUGUGGUUUCUCCUCUCGCACCAUUGGCACCUUGAAGAUUCACCAAAAAAGGGAGCAUGAGGGGAAUUUUAUAGCUCGCUACAAGUGCCAUGUGUGCGAUCAGUGCUUCACGAGAGGCAAUAACCUCACUGUACAUUUGCACAAAAAACACCAAUUCAAAUGGCCGUCUGGACACCCGAGAUUCAGGUACAAGGAGCACGAUGACGGUUUCUUGCGGCUGCAACUGAUCCGUUACGAGAGCGUGGAGCUGACCGAGCAGCUGAUGCAAGAGAGGCAGAAUCGUCAGGAAGAGGAAGGGGGCGAAGAGGCUCCCAGGGCCGCUCCUUCAGAGAUGCAGGUAGAGCUCAGAGGGCUGCUGUUAGAGGAGCAGAGGACGGACGCGCCCGCCAGCGUUGGCGAGGAGAGCGCUCAGGAAGAGGGCAUGUUGUACGUUCUCACCGGAGGUUUGACGCAAGUAGUGGACAGCACUUUGAUGUUGCAGUAUCAUGAUACUGCUCAGGAACACGAGUUGCAGACUGCUUGACAUCCUCCACCAGUAGGUCUGCAUUGGCUUUUGUGGGUGGAUUAUAAUAAUUGUAAAGUAUUGAUGUACACAAUCAGACUAUAUUGUGGUCUGUUUUUAUUUUGAUUUGCCUUGUUUGCCAACAUUGUGGACAACCAGAUUAUUUUCAAGUCAUCCGGGAUGUUUGACCUACUGUAUAGCAUCCUCACAUAUGUCCCAUCAUCUUCUGUAAAAUCAAACUUAACAGAAUACAUUAUAAUUUAAAUAAAAGUCUUUUUACAACUCGCCAAAUUGCCAUAUAGUAUACACUCCUUGGAUAUAACAUUAAGUACCAUCACCACAAUGAAAGUCAUUUUUAAUUUCUAACUUUACAGUUUCUGUAUAUAAUUUGCCUUUUUUUUAUGAAAAACAGGAUGCAAACUGGGCUGUUGAGUUGCUUGUGGGUGGACAACAAUGUUCAGUCACACCCUAAAGUGGACAUUGAUAGGCUAUCAUUGUGUUUGGUCUUGUUAAAGAUGAUAAGCUUCCGCAGUAGUUGGGAGGGCAAGGCGAGGAGCUCUGAGGGGAUGUGAUGAAAUGAACGAGCAUUUGAGAGUUGUCAGUCCAAUUAAUGGGACAUUUACAUUUUGAAAACGGCACUAUUGAUGAAGGUAGAGCGAUAUGCCUUCUUUGUAAGGAGUUUGCUUACCACCGAAGCCGCUCGGGUCAUAUCAAUGCAAAGCACCCCGUUGCAAUGUAUGUGUAAUGUAUACUGUAUUUAAUUAAUUUAAAUGAAAAUACUCAGGUUGGGUCCAUUGGAUUGGAUUUGGCACUUUUGUAAAAAAAAAAAAAAGUAUUAUAGUUAUUGCUGUAUUUUACUUGCUAAUUAUUCCAGGCUUGUUUUUUCUUCCAUGUCUUUUGUACUUUUGUACAGUAUCCUUGCGUCCUGCCGCGCCCCCUGGUGGUACUUUUUCUUUAUCGCAUCUCAGAAUUAAAUCCUAUCUAUCAAUGCUGAUGCAAACAAAC